GCUGCUGCUGUUUUUUGUGUUAUACCCUUAAGAAAACAUUUGUUGUUUCGGGAAUUAAUGUUUGUUUUGUUUUGUUGUAGCUGUUACCGACCUAGAUACUAGUGGAGUUCACGGGUUGGAAGCGUUGCAUCAGUCUCUGCAUAAAAAGGAAAUCAAGCUUGUUGUAGCAAAUCCUGGACCGGUUGUGACAGAGAAGCUGCAUUUGUCUAAUUUUGUAGAGUUGAUUGGGGUGGAGAACGUGUUACUCACUGUUGCAGAUGCUGUUCGCAGGUGUUCUCCCCCUGCAGGACCAUGAAAGAUGUCUGGCGUUGCGACUACAUCCAAAGAAGCCUUACUUGCAAACCGCAAUGGGUUGGAAGAGAAGCAAACAAAGUUGCCCAUUUUAUUUGAUUUCAUUGCAAGAUUGGUUCCUUUGGUCAUUUUCCCUUUCCCUUGAGCUCUUUGCUCAUUGCUAAUUUUUUUCACUCUAAAUUGGUAACAAUUAUACUAAUAAAUUAGUACAAAUAAAGAGUUAAUAACUUACAAGUUUUAUUUAUCCACAUAGAAUCUAAUCUUAACACUAAGAAAUUGAAAAAAGUUUGUAUUUCAGCUAAAAUCACAUUGAAAGGUCUAAUCUGAUAUGAUGUAAGUGUGAUAUCAAAGGUUAAUGAAUGCAUGUAGGCUUUGUUUCAUUUUUAUUCCUAGUUAUAUCAAACAUAAUAAAGAGGCGUCAUCAAUGUCGUGCAUUGCUGACACAAAUUACCUCUCAGAAUCUUCAAAGGGCAUAGAAGAGGCAAGCCAAGUCAACAUUGCAGCUGGAAGCUACAUUCUUUGUGGGGAAUCAUCCAAGCAACACUUGGCUUCUUUAGUGGAAUUGGGAGACGAUACUGAUAGGUGUGUAUCGUUUCUUGGCUUUUCUUCUUCUCGCCAGGUUCAGGGGGAAAGAAGAACAAGAAACUCUUUUGGGUUCCGGCUAUUGCGCCUUGAUUUCAGUUAUCAUCUCGACAGACAGAUUGUGUUUAUGGUUUUUGUGCUGACAAGACAAAGUGUCCAAAUUGUGGGGGCCAUCACAGGGAAUCAAUCCUUGGCCUCUCCAUAA